AUGAGGUGUCACUAUGAGGUACUUGGCGUUGAUCGCAACGCUGAUGAAAAACAGCUUAAACUCGCAUAUAGAUCUCUCGCCAGAAAGAACCAUCCUGACAAGCACCCGGAUGAACAGGAACUGUAUACCAAAAUAUUCAAGGAACUGCAGGGCGCUUAUGAUAUUCUAAGUG